ACAAGUCUACAAGAUAUUAUUAUAUUGAUUAAAAAAUUUCAUAAUUUUCUUUAAUAAAAAUGACUUCAAUAUUCCAUUCAGGUCUCUCAAAAGAUCUUUUAUCAUUAUUAAAUGAUGCUGAUGAUUAUAACGUUAUUAUUCAAGUUGGUGAAAACAGAAAUAUGAAAGAAUUUCGUGCUCAUUCAGUGAUUUUACGUGCUCGCUCUCCUUAUUUUAAAAGUGCCUUCUCUGCCGAUUGGAUUUCAAAGAAAAAUAACAUGAUUACAAUUAAUAAACCAAACAUUGCUCCAACUGUUUUUGAAAUGGUUUUAAAAUAUAUUUAUACUGGUGAACUUGAUUUGACUAAACAAUCUGGUGAAGAUAUUCUCAGUUUAUUAGUUUCAUCUGAUGAAUUACUUAUUGAAGAACUAUUUAACCAUGUUCAAGAUUAUUUAAUUGAAAAAAAAACUAGUUGGGUUCAAAAAAAUUUUGUUCUUGUUCUCCAUACUGUGUUUCAACUUACUAGUUGCAAGAAAUUGCAAGAUUAUUGUCUUAAAUCUAUUUGUGAAGAUCCAGAAUCAUUUAUCUCUUCAAAAAUGUUUCCUUCGUUAGAUAAGGAUAUUCUUUUUGAUUUGCUUAAACGAGAUGAUUUUCAGAUUAAUGAAAUUGACAUUUGGGAUUGUCUAAUUAAAUGGGGCAUUGAACAAACACCCGGUUUAGGAAAUAAGAAUAGUGACAGAACCAAAUGGAAUAAUGAAAACUAUGAAGGAAUAAAGAAAACUUUGAAUCAAUUUGUUCCUCUUAUUCGGUUUGUGGGAAUUUCUUCUAAAGAUUUUUUUGAUAAAGUUCGUCCUUAUAAAGCUAUUAUUUCUCAUCAUAUUUAUGAAGAAUUAGAAGAAUUCUAUUAUAAGAAAACUUUACCAAAAACCACGACUUUACCACCUCGUACAGGAAAAUCAGGAUCAUUAACGUCAAAAAUCAUUAAAUCGAAACUUGUAAAUAUUAUUUCUAAUUGGAUUGAUAGAAAUAAUUCAGCAGCUCGUUCAAACAAUGACAAGUAUAAGUUUAAUCUAAUUUAUUUGAUGAGCCGUGAUGGGUUUGAUUGCAGAACAUUUUAUAAUAAAUGUAAUGGACAAGGACCAUUUGUAGUAUUAAUAAAAAUUCAAUCAAAGAAAAUCUAUGGUGGUUAUAAUCCAAUUGGAUAUACGGGAAGAAAUCUGUGGUUAUCUUCAACAGAAAGUUUUAUUUUUUCUUUUGAUAAUGAUCAAGAUAUACAUAAUAUGAAAAUAUGUAGGUCAUUAAAUACGAACUGUUCUGUAUUGGAUUACUGCAAUUAUGAUAAAUUCUUUAGUUUUGGAGAUAUGUUGUUUAUUUAUGAACAAAAUCUUUUUGUUGGAUAUAAUAAUGACCAUUAUGAAAACAAUUUUGGAGAAAAAAAUUCACCAUAUAUCAUUGAAGAAAUUGAAGUAUUCAGUGUAGUUAAGAAAUGAUUUAACUUUUAUUAAAGAAAUAUUUC